CCCGUAGGAACAACACUUGGGAGGGACCAGUUUUGGAGCUUGAACUCCCAACACAAAACAGCCCCUUAAAUUUCUGGCACGGGCUUUAUUUGCCGUACACACCUUUAGGAUUUCCAUUCUUUGAGUAUCUGAGUUAGUAGUGUGUUCAUAUGUCCUCGCGUUUGAUAAUAAGACAAACAUGUAUGUCAGAUUCUAAUUGCGCAAACUGCAUCACACCUUGGAAAUCUAUUAAUCAUAAAUCAACACAUUCCCAUCAGAUAAGGUGUCUCAGAACAGCUUAAACAUUCUUCACCCCUUGUGGCAACAGACAGCAACCGAUGAAACAAAAAUCAAACUGAAUGAAGAAAGAGGAACUGAAUCUCUGACUUCACAGAAUCCAUGUAGUUGUGAUCAAAACUAUACAAAACAAAGUUCAAACAGUAGCAAAUGGAAAACAAUCACGUUUCCAUACUUGUUUACAUUAACUCUAAUACAGUAUUUUUAGACAAUUUAAAAUACCCGUACUGUUAAUUUUGUCACGGAUGCUUGCCUAAAGAUCCCUUUCCUGCCUUUCAUUUUUAUGGCUGCAAUAAAUUUUAACAGCAGUAGGUGGCACUCGGAGCUCAGCAGCAGUAGACGUGUGAGAAUGACGUAGACGAAGGCUGGAGCGCCUGCCCCCGCCCCGCCCCACCUUUAUUGUUCCAAAUCUCACAAACAUCAAUUACCCAGCCAGAGUCGUCGGCUACAAUUUACGAGGGGUCAACAAAACCACGUGACUGCUCCCGUCAGCUCUCUGCACCCUACCCAAUCCAGUCUCUCACACACGCACUCACCACCCCACCCCCAUAUUUUGACGGCGCAAACAUAGCUAAAAACCAAGUACAGUGCAUCGCCAUAAUUCACUAAUACUGUACAUCAUAAAUCGAUGAAAGUACUCGUGCUGUAAGGAACACAAAUUGAGACUCCCAAAUCAACUAAAUGAGUUCUUACUUUGUAAACUCGUUUUCAGGGCGCUACUCAAAUAGCCCCGACAAUCAACUGCUAAAUUAUGCACCGGGCAGCGGUGCGUUAUACGUCGGGGUGUACGAGGAUUCUUCCACGGCCGCCAUGCACCACGCGACUGGCUCUUACGGCCAUGGCAGCAACGGUAUGGACUUGUCGGUCCCAAACCGGGGAGGAGUCAACACCAAUGACUCAAACACAGAAGGACACUUCGGGGGAUACUCUGUUGUCGGGGACUCACGGAAUUUUCGCUCCGUGGACAGUGAGGGCAGUUUCAGACAAUCGUCCAACGGUUCUAUCGCUCCUGUCAGAGACAGUAAGCAGAUUAGUCCGAGCUCGUCCCCCAGCUCGGAGCAACCAGGGAGCGGUCUUUUUAGCUCCCUUAACCUGACCCCGACCACGUCCGGCGGGGGGGCGACCCCCCGUUUCGCGGAUCUGAACGAAAACUCACCAGAAGCGGACGAGAGGGAGCAAGACACCCGGGAUAGCGGCGAUCGCAGAACACAGCCUGCACAGAAACACGAGCGCGGCCAGGCGGCGAACUCAAAUCCGGGAUGCACAACUGGCAGCCAGUCGCCCCAGAUAUUUCCAUGGAUGAGAAAGCUGCAUAUUAGCCAUGAUAUGACCGGGCCCGAUGGGAAACGUGCACGGACGGCAUAUACCCGUUACCAGACACUCGAGCUGGAGAAGGAGUUCCACUUCAACCGCUAUCUCACGCGGCGGCGGCGUAUUGAGAUCGCGCAUACACUUUGCCUUACCGAGCGCCAAAUUAAGAUCUGGUUCCAAAACCGGAGGAUGAAGUGGAAGAAGGACAACAAACUGAAAAGCAUGACCUUUGGCUCUGCUGGUGCAACCUUCCAACCUUAGGAAUUGAUAUUAAUAUUACUUUUAAAUCAGUCCCCCCAAUUAUACAGGGAGAUUUUUUUUUUUUUUUUACAGAUGCUUCAAAACGGGAGAAACUGAAGACCAAAACCUCAAUGAUAGAAGCUAUCAAUAGAGGAAAAGGAACAAAGAGACUAUAGGGACUCCAAAUCAGACUCCAAGACAUACUGCAUUCAGUAUACAAAUACACAUUAUUUGUAACCCAGUACUGUAUUUCAACAAAGCACUUUCAUUUCUCAGGCAUGGUGGGUUUUAGAUAAACGACAAGCUUUUAAUGUGGUACUUGGUAGAGCGUUCUUGUUUUGUCGCUUUGAAAAACAUCCGUCUUCAUGGUUAAACACAGAAAGGGAAAAAAUAUGAACUCCUACAUUUAACCAUUAAUCUUGUAUGCCUAUUGCUUGCAAAAAACGUUUACGUCAAGUGCAAAUUUUAAGAUGUUUAUUGUAAGCCAUUUGUGAUGUCAGCCAAAUCAUGUCUUUUUCCCUACAGUCGAAAUAACACCAUUGUUGUACGACAUUAAAAUCUUCUCCUGAGUUGUUAGCAUAAGCAUGUCUAUAUGCUAUCAUUUUUUUUGUAACUUUCAGCUUUUGAUGUAACUUUGUCCUGUACCAAUUCGUAUUAAAGAGUUUAUUAUUGUUAUUAAUAUUGUAAUUAUGAGAACCUAUGUUUAAGUAAAGUAAAAUUUAAAUUUAUGGCUCCUGUAUCAUUGGCAUCCGCGAAAUAAUUAUUUUUCGUAUUUUUGUGUGAACAAUAUACAUGCUGUCUGACAAAAACAUUGUGCUGUAGUUUGGAGUACAGUAUAGUGUAGAACUGUAAAAUUCCAAAUACUUCACUCUCAAAAUGAUGCAGUACACUUCUAUAACGAUGGAAAUCACACCUUCAAUAAUAAAGAGCAAAAUGCAUACUUUUUUGACAAUAUCAAUCAAAAUUAGGGAUCAUUUUAGUAAAUAAAGCCGCUCUUUUGGAUCUCAUUGGAUUGUUCUUAAAUGAAUGUGGGAGCACAGUGAACGUAAGU